GUUCUUUAAAAACUGUCAAAGUAGAAUUUAUGACGUCUGUGUUGUUUGUAAGUUUUGUGAUUGUUUGAAAAUUUUGCUGGGAAAACAUUAAUUACCACCAAUAGACCUAAAAGAAGUAAUAAAACAGUAUUUGAGAAUAUCUGUGAAAUAACUAGCUGCUGCAGGUGCAUUAGCACGAUAUCAAAAUGGGCCCUACAAAGAUGACUCCGGAGGACCAGCAAUUCAACAUUUCCUUCGUAGCAGAAGUGAAGAAGCAUCCUUGCCUGUUCAAUAGUAGCAGCACAGAAUACAAGCAGGUUCAGGUGCAAGACAAAGCCUGGCAAGCGGUGUCGGCUUCGGUUAAUGAAAGCGUCGAUAUGUGUAAAAAACGCUGGAGAAAUUUGCGUUGCUGCAUGACAAGGUAUCUGAAAUCGGUGCGCGAUAACACUGAUAAUGCAUCAAACUUCCGGAGAAAGCCGUACUACUUGUUUAAUCACAUGCAGUUUGUGAUUCCCUAUCUUAAAAUGAAAGACGGAGAAAGUGCGACUUACGAAUCCGAAGAUACAAUCUGGCUAAAAAGUGGCAACAGCGGCGAGUUAUUAAAACAUGACGAGGAUGAAGAGGAUGACGAGGAAGGUGAUCAAGAAGUUGAAACUAUUGACGUACAAGAAGAUGACCAUCAACAGAUUAAGCAAAGUAUUAUUAAAUCAAUUAAAAUUCUUCCCAUGAGUCAGGAUCAACAGACACAAGAAACCACCACUACUACUACCACAUAUGAAAUCUUCGAAGCAACUCCAUCUAAGCAGCCAAGAAUCGAAGUAGUACAAUCACUGGCAGCAGUAGCAACGCCUGUUGCGAGUACUCCUCAGGUAGUGAAGCAGAAGGACCCACUAAAUAUUAAGCAGUUCACAUACACCGUUGCUGCACCCCAGCAAACAACAACCCCUCUGUACACAUCUACUCCGGUAAUACCCGAACAGACAGUCGCUACUUGCGGAUUUAGUACACCGCGACAGCAAACACAGUACUCUGCCAAUACCGCCGAUGCAGAUAACAAUUUCUUCAAAAGUCUCAUUCCCGACAUCCAGUCAAUGAAUAUGGAUCAAAAACGAAAACUAAAAAUCGGAAUCCUUCGCCUGAUUGAUGAAAUCCUCAGUUCAACGUAAAACAGCAUCAGCCACGCUCAGAUCUAUUUUUAAUCGAAUUUUACUUUUAUCAUUUGUCACGCUAAAUGUAUAUUUCGUCAAGCUAUAAUAUAUGUGUACAUCAUUGAAAAACUUAAGAAUAAAGAUUUUACU